AUGUCUAACCUUGCGCGUGCCAUUUCCAAAGUCUUCCGCCGGGAGCCGAACAACGCAACCGCCGACACCACCGCCCCAACAGUGGCAUGGCUCUUGGCUCACCGAGAUGAACGCAAGGGGCAACCAGCACACAGCAAAGGCAAGACCCCCACAGCAUCCCUGUACCGCAUGUACGAGUAUCUGGUCACCGGGUACAUCACCGGCCUGCGAUCUGAAAUCGAGUACUUCUAUAACCAACCAUCGUGGGCUGUUUCCGACAUCCCGGACCCUAUCGACCCAGACCCGGAGCGGUACGCCAUCCUCGCUGUCUUGCCAUCAUAUCUAGUAACGGCAUUCAACCGUCUGAUCGAGCGCGGACUGCCGCGCGGCAGUCCCGCUAUUAUCACUGGCGCCGCAGCGGAGAAUGCGUUAAAAGCCCGGGAGAUUGUCCUGGAAACGGAACCGGCCUGGGUGGCAAAGGUGCCGGCGUUGCGGCAGACUUUGAUUAUACCAGAUAAGUCCGGUAAGCGGCCGGGGGAGGAGAGCAGGAGCAAGCGAUUUUUGGACAUGAAUAUCAUUGCGGAGGAGCCUCACGUACUUUUUGUAUAA